AUGGCGCAGCUUUCCUGUGAGCGACGUAGUGGGAACAUCAUUAGAGUCGACGAUCACCUGGAGAUUGAAUUCCACCGGACAUCUAUCGAUCCCAACCGAAAUCUGGCCGAUCUGCUUCCUGACGACGAGAGUGAAGCCAUGUGGAUCAAGUUUGACGCAGACAGACUGUACGUGAUCCGUAUCUACGUCGACAAUGUGAACGUGGUGACAGGCCAAACCUCGCAAAUACAAGGCCAGCAAGAUUAUGUCAUCGUGCCCGAUCAGGUCUUCCUCAAUGGAUACAAAUCCAACAUCAAUGCGUUAACAACACAGUUUCGCCGUCCACGGUAUGCGGCCAAUUAUACACAGCAAGACGCCCAGACCAUACGCUUCGAGGUAACGCCAUCUACGAACACUAACGUACUAACAGUAAUCGAUGUGGGUGUUGAGGGUGAAGAACUUUGCCAAGCUGUGGUGACGUUACCCAGCAUGACUGUCAGGGACUUCACGAGGAAGUACGAGCUUCAAUUCGAAGACGGUACUGUUAUCUCGGCUAGACUUACCAGUCAAGGGGAACAGGUCGACGGUAUGAAGAGCGAUCAUGUGAUGUAA